AUGAUCAAGGAAAUGAGGGACCUCCUCAGCAAGCCACCUGUGCUUCCAAAAGGCAGCUUGGGAAUAAAUGACAAAGUCAUCCUGCAGAAUAAAGCCUUUCUCAGAACGAACCUGGAGAAAUUCCUGGAUGCUCCCGAGAACUUCAAAAGCAAGACAGAGCAAAUCAUGAAAAUUCUUCCGGAAUUCCGGAUGGUUUUGCCUACUGCCCCUUCCACGGCCGACUCAAUCUCUAUCGAUGAGAAUGACUGGGAUGAUUUCAGGAGGAAGUUGUGGGAAUAUCUGAAUGCCCUUCAGAAGUUUGUCACUGCCAGAACUUCAGCCUGA